UACGGAAAGGAACGAGUGGUGACGAAUGUGUAGCGAUCAACAGGGAAGCUGCGUGACAGAGUAGCGUGCAGUAGACGGCCGUGGAACACACCCCAUUCACAUCUUUCAUCACACAGCAGUGUGUUGCUGUAGUGUGACAGUGUUUUGUGAGGUUGUAAUCGCCUGUGAGGCGGCCUGUGUAGACUGUACCUGUGUGUGGGGGUGAAGUGGCCUGUGUAGACUGUACCUGUGUGUGGGGGUGAAGUGGCCUGUGUAGACUGUACCUGUGUGUGGGGGUGAAGAGGCCUGGACGACCCACCCGAAUCUGGGACACUUUGAGGAGAAAUCUGAUACGGAUUUACCGCCACCAUGAGUAAGCAGGAUGAUGACAACACUCACCCUGAAUCCGGUGCUCGGAAUAUUCACGUUGCACCAAAGAUGGGACAAAACGCAUCCGCCAAGGAGGUGUUCAAUGUAGGAGUUGUGUAUGGCGGAGUAAAACAAACUGUCAACGAACAAGGUGAUGAUGAAAGACUACGAGAUGAUCUCCGGAAGUUGCGCAGUAAGCUGACCGUUCGGGAGCGUGAGAAAUGUGACAAACAAGCAGUUGUUCAAGAUCUGAAAUCAAAGACGAAUAAUCUGGAAAAGGAGGUGCAACAGCUCAAACAACAAGCAUGUGCUAAAGCCGUGGACAUACAAAACAUGGAGAAGAAGAUAGGAAAGCUGAUGGAAGAUGUUAAAACCCACACAGACGAAAUAGAAAAUUUGGAGAGCAACAUUAUUCCAGAUUUAAAGAAACAGAUACAAACAGUUGAAAUCAGGCUUGUACUGCUUAGAGAAACUGUCGAAGACACAACGAAUGCCAUCCCAGAUCUCGAAAAAAGGAUGGAGGGCCUGAAAAUGGAUCUGGAAAAGUAUGGCGGUGAGAUAAAAUCUGAGAGGGAGAGCGUUGCAGAGCUGUGCAUAUUGAUUGAACACUUGAAAAAAGACAUCUUAGAUCAGAAAAAAGAACAGGAAAAAAUGGCUGCAAGGGUACAGAAAAUUGAAACAGAUGAACUGCAUAUCAAAGCAGAAAUGGCAAAACAACUUGAAGAUGGACGGAGAGAAAAAGAAGAAUUACAAAGGAAGGCAAGUACUGCUCCAUUUACUUAACCAGGAACACUCGUGUGUUAAUCAGAUGACAGCAAUCAGGUGGCAGCAACUGUAUCUCUCCAUCAUUAUGUCAC